AUGAAUAAAUCGUCAAUGACUGGCAGUGGAAUUUCCGACAAGGCUCAGAUCAUCAACAAUAAGGAAAUCUUGGAGUAGUUUGAGAAUGGAGGUAUCAUUCGAACUAUCAACUAUAAUAGAAAAAAUUAUGUUGUCUACCUUGAUCAUUAAAGUCAAUUAGAACUAAAAGAAAUAGGAAAGGAUAUUCUUGAUUACCAAUAAAUAUGUGUACAACAUCAUUCCCAAGUCAGACAGCAGAAUUAUGCAGAUCUUUGGUAAUUGUUAUUUCUUGAUAUUAAUUACAUAGGCAAAAUCAUGUCAAAUCAAAUCAAAAGAAAAAUCAGGUUGUCUGCCAUUCAAGCAGUAAGUGUUACAAGUCUUGGAGCUGAGUUUGUAAUUCAUGUUCCAAGUGAAUACGAUUAUCGCUUCUAAUCCGCCGAUUAGUAAUAACUCUAUUAAUACUUAGUCGUAAAUAAAUAUUGGAAACCUUAUGUUAAUGUUUUUAGAUAAUUAACUCAAGGAAAUUGCCAUUCUUCUUUAAAGAGGAUUUUACACUUGUAUCUGUAUGCACAACUGAGAAUGAUGUCAAAAAAGGCAUUAAAAGAUUCCCCACAGAAAAACCAAUAGUAUACGUUCAUUCAUGAUGUGUUUAGGAAUUGGAUGUCCAAGAGUUGAGAGAAUAUAGCAAUAGGAAGCCCCAAGAACAAUUGGUAUAUAAGCGCCCUGGUCUUCAGAAAUAAGUGAGCAGCAACAUGAUUUCAAUUGAAGAUUUUGAUCUUAUUAAAGUGUUGGGAAGAGGAGCAUUCGGAAAAGUAUUCCUAUUUGUUCCCUAUACUCAUCUAGGUUAUGAUGUGUGAGAAGAAAGAGACCAAGGAAUUGUUUGCCAUCAAAUCAUUACGUAAAGAGCACAUCAUGGACAAGAAUUAAUUGGAGCAUACUAGAGCAGAAAGAAAAUUGUUGGAAGAAAUUGAUAAUCCAUUCUUAAUCUCUCUUGAAUAUGCCUUCCAAACACAAGAGAAGUUGUUUUUUGUCAUGAGAUUCAUGCGAGGAGGAGAAUUAUUCAAGCAUCUCAGAGAUAAAAGAAGGUUCCCAGAAUCAACAGCUUAGUUUUAUGCUGCUUCUAUUUUAUUAGCAUUGGAAUACUUACAUAAAAUGCAAGUCGUUUAUAGAGAUUUAAAGCCUGAAAACAUUCUAAUGGAUGAAUUUGGUUAUAUCAAAAUGACUGAUUAUGGAUUGGCUAAAUUCUUGAAACCUGGAGAUUUCACCUAUUCAUUUGUUGGAACUCCUGAGUACUUGGCUCCAGAAAUCAUUAGACAAAAUGGACAUGGUCUUGGUGUGGAUUGGUGGUCAUUUGGAAUCCUAAUUUACGAAAUGGUAGUAGGAAGACCACCUUUUUUCUCGUAAAACUAAUCAUAAUUAUUUAAAUCCAUCGUUGAAUCCGAUGUUGUCUUCCCAUCUCAAUUGACUCUUAGUAUUCAAAUCAAAGAUCUCAUAACAUAAGUAUACAUUCUCCCUCAUAUUAUAAUAGCUAUUAACCAAAAACCCUUUUGAAAGAUUAGGACAUAAUGGAGAUGCAUAAUCAAUCAAAGAACAUCCUUGGUUCAGAGACUACCCUUUCCAAGAUUUGAUUGAUAAGAAACUUUAAGCUCCUAUUGUUCCAAAGUUAUAUGACAAAUUAGAUGUGCAGAAUUUCGAUUAAGAAUUCACUAGAGAAGGUAAUUAAUUAGCAUUUAUGUUUAGAGGCAAUGAAUUCAAUAGUAAACAUGGAUCCUAAACUAAUAGAAAAGUUCAAAUAAGACUUUGGAGGUGUAACCUAUGUUCCAAAUAACAAUGGACUGAAUUGAAUUUAUGUUUGUAUUUUCAUAGUUAUUCG